UUCCUUGCGCAGUUCGUUCCAGAGUCACAGAACAAGUUCCGGCGCGAGGUGAUGACAUCAGAAAGCCGGUUGGCGGAGGCUGCUGGGACACUGAUAGUAGAGAGAAGUCGAUGCUUCCGGCCAGCCUCCCCCCCGCCCCCAGGACGGUUGUCAUGGCUGCCGUGCAGUGGGGUCUCGUCUCGGUCCUGCUGCUGUUGCUACCCGCCUCUACUCAGUGUUCGGAGGGGGCGGGGGCGGCCUCCGAGGGACCGGGUGGGAGCGGGGGCGGCAUUGGGGAGCGCUUUAAGAUAGAGGGGCGAGCAGUGGUACCGGGAGUGAAACCUCAGGACUGGAUCGCCGGGGCCCGAGUAUUGGUGGACGGUGAGGAGCAUGUCGGCUUUCUCAAGACAGAUGGAAGUUUUGUGGUUCAUGACAUACCUUCUGGUUCUUAUGUUGUUGAAGUUAUAUCCCCAGCUUAUAGGUUUGACCCCGUCCGGGUGGAUAUCACUUCAAAAGGAAAAAUGAGAGCAAGAUAUGUUAAUUACAUUAAGACAUCAGAAGUGGUCAGGUUACCCUAUCCUCUUCAGAUGAAAUCUUCUGGUCCACCUUCCUACUUUAUAAAAAGGGAGUCCUGGGGUUGGACGGAUUUUCUGAUGAACCCAAUGGUCAUGAUGAUGGUACUUCCAUUACUGAUAUUUGUGCUUCUACCGAAAGUUGUCAACACAAGUGAUCCUGACAUGAGACGGGAGAUGGAGCAGUCAAUGAACAUGUUGAAUUCCAAUCAUGAGCUGCCUGAUGUUUCGGAGUUUAUGACAAGACUCUUCUCUUCAAAAUCCUCCAGCAAGUCCAGUAGUGGUAGCAGUAAGACAGGCAAAAGUGGGGCUGGCAAAAGGAGGUAGUUAGGUGGUCCAAAGCUGGCAUUUGCACAAAUACUCGAUGACACUGGGUGGCAUCCAAGUCUUGAGGGAGAACUUCACAAAGCAACUACUGUAAACUUGAACCAACCUGAAAGUUGCCCUCUUGCAACUGUUGUAUGUGAUGUAACUUUUUAGCUCAUUUAAAACUGUUUGGUACUUGGUACGCUAAAGAUAACCCAGAUCCCAUCCUUUACCAUAUGAGGUCAAUAUUGAUGUCACUGAAUUAAUUACAGUGCCCUGUAGAGAAUGACAUAAAUAAACUAAAUUAUAUGAAGUGCUAUACAUUAUGUAUAAUAAAAUAAGUCUUAAUCCAGA